UGCAUUGUACUUGCAUUUACCGGUCUUCUCCACGCAAUGGUGCUACAACCGUAGAGUCUGGACACAUCUCUUCGACGCCGGUGGAUUUUAUCUGACUACAGUACUCGCCACGUGUGAAAAGGUAGAGGUCAGGUUUCUUGAAGAUGACAAACAGUUCUACGUACCUGCAGGCUGGUUGGAGGCUGACGUGUGCGCACAUAAGAAGGUGCAUCACCAGAGUUCAAAAGGACAAACAUGCAACAGUGAAUAAGCAGACACACCUCCGGAUGACUUUAAGCCCCGCCCAUUUCUCAUACACCUGUAUAUAAUUUCACCCGUGGCACCAGAACAGUCAGAGUCUCCUGCACAUCACGAGUCCCAAUCAUCUCAACUCCAUCUGAAGAAUUUAUCUGCUCCUGCAACCACACCAUCAUGACCUCCAGCAUGUCCAUGAGGAGCUUCUCCAUGAACCGACAGCCAUCCUUUUCCAGCCGUUCUCUGAUGGACACAGGCCGCGCUCGUUCACGUGCGUCGGUGUCUUUCGCAGCGACCAGCCCUCUGACCCGCUCAGCUUCUAUCAGCCAGGAUCUGAACGGGCCAAUUGGUCUUCAAAUUAAUGGGCUGCAUGGCAACAGCACUAAUGAGAAGGAAGCCAUGCAGAGUCUCAACAGCCGUCUGGCCAACUACCUGGACAAGGUGCGCACGCUGGAGCGCUCCAACGCAGACCUGGAGAUGAAGAUCAAGCAGGUGAUGCUGGACCGCAUCCCCAAAGGUCAUGACGUGGACUCAAUGAUGGCCCAAGCCCAUGCUGUGGAGCAGGAGGUGAGGAAGAAGACUCUGGAGAACGCCCGUCUCAUGCUGGAGAUAGAUAAUGCCAAACUGGCCGCUGAUGACUUCAGAAUCAAGUGGGAGACAGAGCUGGUGAUGUGUCAGUCUGUGGAGCGAGACUGCGUGGCCCUGAAAAAGGCCAAGACUGAUCACGAGCAGAUCAUUGCCUCUCUGAGGGGAGACCUGGACAGCCUGAAAGAGGAACUGUACUUCCUAAAGAGGAACCAUGAGGAGGAGAUGGAACAGAUGAAGUCUCGUAUUGCCAGAGACGAGGUGAAUGUAGAGGUAGACUCUGCCACCGGGCCGGAGCUGGGCACUAUUUUGGCUGACCUGCGAACUCAGUAUGAGGGAAUUGUCAACAAGAACAAGGAGCAGGCAGAGCAGUGGUACCACAAGAAGCUGGAGAUGGUGCAGAAUCAGGUGAAGGAGAACAACGAAGCUCUGAGAGCUUCUCAGGGUGAACUUACUGAGAGGCAGCGCUUCCUCCAGACCCUGGAGGUGGAGCUAGACGGUCUGCACAAACAGAUUGCAGCCCUGGAAGGAAACCUGGCUGAGACCAGUCAGAAGUACUCAGGCGAGAUGGAGCGGCUGCAGGCCAACCUCAGUCAGAUGGAGGACAACCUCUCCCAGCUCAGGCUGGAAAUGCAGCGCACCAAGACCGACUACGAGCAGCUGCUGCGCAUCAAGCAGAACCUGGAAAUGGAGAUCGCCACCUACAGGCGCCUGCUUGAGGGAGAGGAACUGGUGAAGGAGAUUCCUGCUCCACCAAAGAAGGAGCCUGAUGUGCGCACCAGGAAGAUUGUGAAGGUGGUGACUCAGACGAUGGUCAACGGCAAAGUGGUGGAUGAAUCCAGCGAGGUGGAGCAGAUCGAGGAGACCAAGAAGUAGAGAAGAGCUGGAGAGACAGAGAGAGAAAAACAGAAAUAAAGGUAGAAACCAUGAUAACGGUCAGAAUAUUUACACCUAGGCCUUAUUGAAGUGAAACCACUUUAGUAUGAGUCCGUGCCUGAGGGCACAUACUAUGUCUACUAUGAAUGUUUUGUGGUUAAAUAGAGGCCCCCUGAACAUUCUCUUUUCCAAGUAACAAGUUUACAAGCCUAGCAGCUUUCACACAAUAACCAUUUGAUUUUAUCUGCUGCCGUCUUUUACAUCUAUUUUAAAUAGUGAUGCCUGUGAAAAAGGAACUAACUAACCAACCAGUGCUAUAUCUUUACACAGUUUUACUAAAGAGAUGACGUGUACUCCACUAAUAAACAGGUGUGUUGGUGUGGUGAAGUUUACUGUAGUUUACAGGCAUUUAAUCCUUUCACACGAGUACCAAUAUAUUUGUCUUUGUUGUUUAUGUGUUUGUUGUACUGUGGAAAU